AUGUCGCCAGUCCCCGACACUCCGCUAAUAACCACGACGUGGCAUAGUAAGAGUAAAUACUCGAACAGCCAUGCCCAUCCGAAGGACUCCCCUCGGAAUGGCUACCGCACACGGCUGAACCUCGAUACCGUCCCUUCCCUAGCCUCCGUCGUGAGAGGUUCCCUUACAUGGGCCGGCAGCGUCUGGAACUCCGAAGACAUUGUCUCAAAGAAGAAACGAGGGCUCGAGGAGGAGAUACAAUCGGAGACAGAAGAUCGCAAGCAGGUGCUGUACCUGCGCAUGCGAAAUGCCGUGUCCGCGGAAGAAUGGAAAGAAUGCGCCUGCGAACUCGACAAACUCGAGAACAACAACGUUUGGAAAGCGACGUUUGAAUGCGACGAGUAUGACCCCCGGCUUGUGCAAGAGCGCCUCGAGCAGCUGGAAGCAGCGCGUCUGAGCUGUGAUGUCAGCCGCAUGUUGUACCUGAUUCGGACAUCGUUGAGCCGUGAUCUCGGGGGCAUGAGCAACGCUUCUCUAUACAAGCACACCCAUUUCGGAACAAAGAACCUCAUCGAUAAAUAUAUAACGACCGCCGUCCAGACAAUAUCAUCCCUGGUGGAAGUGUCUGGCGGUAACCGGUGCGAUGCGGCCGAAUCGAGGUAUAUACUCGACCAGCUGCUGGCUGCGAGACAGGCCUUUGGACGAAGCGCGCUUCUUUUCUCGGGCGGAGCUACGUUUGGGAUGAAUCAUAUUGGCGUCUUAAAAUCGCUUUGGAUGUCGAACCUUUUGCCGCGCAUUAUCUCCGGCGCCUCUGCUGGCAGUAUUGUCUGCGCGGUGUUCUGCACCCGCACCGAGGACGAACUUCCUGCAUUGUUGGCUUCGUUCCCUUACGGCGACUUUUCUGUGUUUGAUGAGGAAGACUGCGAGGAAAAUAUCCUGCAGAAGACCGCACGGUUCCUAAAACACGGAGCGUUUUUGGAUAUCACACACCUGGCUAAGGUUAUGAGAAACUGGCUCGGUGACAUUACCUUUCAAGAGGCGUACAACCGAACCCGAAGGAUUCUCAACGUUUGCGUCUCUAGCGCUGGGGUGUAUGAGCUUCCGAAGCUCUUGAACUACAUCACGGCCCCUAACGUCUUGAUUUGGUCUGCUGUGGCUGUCUCAUGUUCGGUCCCAGUUGUCUUUUCUCCAUUCACUUUGAUGGCCAAAGAUCCGUUGACGGGCGAGCCUGUUCCGUGGAACGACCUGCACAAGCAAUAUAUUGACGGCUCCGUCGACGGAGACUUGCCUAUGAAUCGCCUGUCGGAGAUGUUCAACGUCAACCACUUUAUUGUGUCGCAGGUAAAUCCACACAUUGUGCCGUUUGUUGCCAAAGACGACGAGCCGAAGAGUGUCGCCGUACCCACGUCAACAGCGUCUCGAAUUUUCCACACAGUCUCUCAUCUUGCAAAGGAAGAAGUUAUGCAUCGGAUGGCGGUACUGACGGAACUUGGCGUCUUCCCGAACUCGUUCACCAAAUCCAUCUCAAUCAUGAACCAGAAAUACUCUGGGGACAUCAAUAUCUAUCCUGAGAUCCUUUAUGCUCAUUUCCCUCGAUUAUUGAAGAACCCGACCACCGAUUUCAUGCUCAAGGCGUGUCUAUGCGGAGAGCGAGCCACAUGGCCGAAGCUUGCACGUAUCCGGAACCAUUGUGCCAUUGAGCUAGCCUUGGACACUGCUAUACAGAAGAUGCGCGCGCGGGUAGCUUUAAGCCAUAGCCAGGCACUGCUCUUGGCGAACGCCCUCUUCCAGCAUUCCCACGACGGCAGCGCAGAUCGUGGACGGAGGAGGCGAGGCUCAUACAAUCAUGAGCUCGAGAGAAGGAAAGCGGCCGCACGUCGAUCUAGCCGACCGAGCCUAGCGAAGGCAGGGAGGUCUCUAUCCCAUAGCUUCGAGUCAUCGCAGUCCAAAGAGGAUAUGGACUGGGCUUGGAUUCACCCUCCUGGAAUGGAACCCAGAGGCCUGGAGCUUGUUUCCAGCAGCGAACACGGGAACGCGCCGUCUCUCAACUCGUAUCAUGAACACGGCUUCUUCUCGCCAGACCCUGAGUGUAGCCUUGAGUGUUCAAAAGUUCCCUCGAGCUCGUCAUCGUCAUUAUCCUCGCCACCUCCUAUACGUCUCGCAAAAAGCACUGAAUACCCCGCAACCCGGCCUGGUUUGCUCGAAACCGACAGGAGGUACUCGUUACCAAUGCGUUCCGUCUCCCCGCCCCAUGUAUCGCUCAGAAUGACGUCUGCCGGACCAAAACGUUGA